AUGUACCGUAAAAUGCAUAUUGCAUAUGGUAAGGUACUAACAGAUAUGCUGGAUCAUGAGAAAAUGAAGAGGAAGAAGAUGUUGAUGCCAAAGUCUGAGGAGACUGUUCGAGUUGAGGCUAGUUCGACUGCUCAGCCACAACAUAUGCAAGAGAAGUUGGUUACUGGUUCAACUAUUCCUGGUCUAACCUCACUCAAUAGGCCUGUGUCCAGCACAGCGGCAGCAAAUACGGUGAUACAAAUGCCCAACAUUGUUAUGAAUGCUCCUAGCGUGGACCGGUCCAAGCAAGAGAUGGUUAAGGGUAGUUCUGGUAAUUCCAAUAACACUAGGACAACGGACGCACUGACAAAAAAGAAGGUAAAGAGGAAGCCAGAAUCGACGUUGACUGAAGCUCACUUCCGUCCAGAUAAAUUGAGUUCUGUACAAGUAGAGUUAAAGCACAAGUCCCACAAACAGGCUGCUGGUCCUCUUCAGAGACCAAACGUUCAGUUGGCUGCUGCUACGAGCUUUGAACAGGACGGCAGACAAGAUGUAGCUUAG